GUCAAUAUGCAGUGGCAGGGCAGCAUCUACACUGCUUUUACAGCAGAGGACAGAGGCUUCCUGGGAUGGUGUAAGGCCUGAUGGUGCCAAGCUAGCCCACCAAAAUCUGGUAGCAAAUUUGAGGUGUCAGGACAGAGUAGGUUCAAGCAGAGUCUGGGCCACACAUCAUGCUGCCAAAAAGCUUCUCUUGGCUGCCACCAGAGCAACUGCAGUGCUGUGACCAGAUUUAUAGUGUCGUUAGAGUGCCAUGAGUACUUUGAGCUGGAAAUACUUUUAAGUUCUUUGGUACAUAUAAAAAUAAACCCAAGUUAUAUCAGGUGAUCAAAGCAGCAGUUAAAGCUGGUUUACCCACAGCAUGACCCACUGCAGCCAUUUUCACUGUUCCCUGCAGGUGGAGCAGUAUGUUGGUGAAAUUAAAGGGGGCCUGAGACCAACCAUGAAACUCACAAUCAUAGGCAUGGUAUACUCCAAACCCAAGAGCUUUUCAGUGACUCUGCUCUGUGACCCAGUGGAUGCCAACAAAGACGUUGGGCUGUUAUUUACAGUUAACUUCAGUGAGAAAUCCAUCACCCGAAAUGCACGAAUUGCUGGGAAAUGGGGAAGAGAAGAGAAGACUAUUCCCUACUUUCCAUUUACAGCAGGCGACACAUUCAAGAUGGAGCUCUUAUGUGAACACCAGCAAAUAAGAGUCUUGCUUGAUGGACGGCAGCUCUGUGACUUCACUCACCGCAUUCAGCCUCUGAACUUGGUGAAAGCUUUGCGGAUCUCAGGGGACAUCAAGCUUACCAAAGUGGCUUGAAAGAAGAAAGUCCACAAUAGCACCAGAGGACAGAGGAAAAUGUACUUUCUCUUGUCUCAGACAUGUUUUGUCUUUUUCCCCUGGCUGAUUCUGGAGAGUGGGAACUGUAUCUUUUUAAUUCACUGAUGGGUUUGACAUACACACUUUUUUUCCCCUAUACACACUCAUAGCAAUUGCAGAGCUAUGGCUGGUCUGGAUAAAUCUCAAAGCUUUUGCUGAGAUACACUUCUGGCCUCCCAAACUGCAAGACUUAUGAUGUUAUGCAGUAUCUCACAUCCUUUUGGCUCCUUACGCCCUCAGGCAUGCCAGGUGGCAGAGCUCAGUCCUCUGCAGUGGGUGGCUGUUGUUAGCCUUGUGACUAAAACUGGGCAUUAUGAAGGUGGUGGGUCUGAGAAAAGAGAAGCAGGAGAUUUUCUUAUAAAUGGAUAAGGAAGUCUGAUGGGCCCCAGCAAGGCUCAUGUUAUCAGGAGGGAAUUGCUUUUUCUGGAAGCUCUGCUCAUUCAGCACAAAACCAUCUGUGUUCCCCAGCAGAGAGCAAUAAAUGCCUUACCUACCUUACCCUGUCUCUUCCAGGCAGCUUUUCCGGAAUUGAAAGGUUUUGACAGCUAUGGAUUUCACAGUCUUCUCUGGACCAGCCCUAGGAAAUGGUAUCUGUAGCUGAAACUGCACUGCCCAUUCUUGUUCUUGCAUCUAAUUAAAAAUGCACCUUUGCUGGCAAACUUUUUUACAAGCUCUGUUAAAUAUUUGAACGCAUGGACGUGUUGUGCUGUUAUUUCAUUGCUGUAGCUUUUGAGGAAAAUCCUAAAUACAUGGCUAUUUUAAUAAAUAAGUAAACAAGCAUGUAUCAUAUUCUGACCUUGGUGAUUAAGGGACUUCUUUUCAGUACAUGACUCAGAGAACAAAACAUCUGUACAGAAAUGAACGUCUGUAGAUAGAGGGUUAUCAAAUUCCCCUAUGACUUCCAGUGAGAUAGAGAGCAUGCUGCCUUUUUGAAGGCUCUGUAAAAUCUGGCUGUCAGAUACGGUACUCAGAUAAAACAAGGAAUUUUAUGAAAAUAGCGUAUCAGCAGGCUGAUCAGAUGUUUGAAUAAUAUCCUCCAUUCCAUUUUACCUUGUCUCAGUUUACAUAUAAAUCUAAAAUGACCGUGUGUGAAACCAUUAUUUUUCAUAUACUCAAAAUGCUGUCUGAGAAAAAUUACAUCUCUAAAAAGCACAGGCUAUUCAAAUGCACUGGUUGGGGUUUUUUUAAAAAUUAAUGAUAUCAAAGACAAGUUUAGUACUCAAAUAAUGGGAAAAAAUUAAUUAAGAUAGAAAAAGCAAUAGUGAGGACUGCUACUAUAGUUCUCUGUCCAAACAGUGCUCCAACAUAAAUGGGCUUACAGCAGUAAUCAGAAGAAAAAGUCUAGGUUUUAUGGCUGAGGGAUUUCUUCCAAAAUAUUCAGCACUAGAAAUUGUCUGGAACUUCCACAGGUCUGAUUUGAUACUCAGGAUCCUCUUCUGAUGUGGGACAUUACCAGCACAAAAAUAACCUAUAUGGUGGACAGCAAGAUCCUUUGUUCUUUUCCAGUCUAACAGAGAACUAAAUAGUAGAGCACAUGGAUGGAUUGACAGACCCCUUGUUUGUUUUGCAACGCAUGUUAUCCUGGCAGCUGGGUUGUGACUUAGAGCAAGAUUCAUGUGGUAUGCCAUGAAAGGCAACCUCAGACACCAGCACCUCUCAUGACUUAGAUGUUUCAGUCUCUACAAAAUUUACUAAACUUAUGAGCCCCUUUAUAAAGGGGAAAGGAGCAAAACAAAUCUGCUUUAAGAUAAAGCACAACCUGGAUGUGUCAGACACAGACUGAAUACUUGUACAAAAAAUCCUUUUCUUCCAUCUUGGAAUAUCUCGUCGUUUCUUUGUAAAGCCCCAUUUGUCUGUAUCCACUUGUUUUGAUCUUGGCUGGAUGGGAAUUUCAAGGUGGGGGAAUUAUUCUGGAUCUACAUGAUUUGGUCUGCAU